CUGCCCAUCUGUCAACAUGACGCCCCAUAUUAAAACCCACCCCUUCUGAGUUUUGCCUCUAUCUUCUCCCUUCAAAUUCAUCCCCAAUUCGUUCUCCCCUCCGGCGACUCUCACUUCUCUCUCCGAGGAUCCCUCUUAAAUUCCGGCGCCACCAUGGAUAAAUCGCUCUUGUAGGCUUGUGGACAUCGUGGAGGAAUCAAGGGUUCGGAUUAGCUGAUAUAUAUCCGCCACAGGAGAUCACCAAUUAAUUCAAGUAUUCGGCUGUGAUCAUGGAUGGUAGAUUCAGCAACCCUUUUCUUAGCGAGCAAGAAGACGCACGAAAUAUGCCGGAGAGAGUCACAGAGUUGCCGUUCUCCGCCAUGAUCAACGACGGGAAAAUCUCUGCUACGUCGUCCCCGAAGAAGAGUAGGCGGGCUGUACAGAAGAGGGUGGUGUCCGUGCCGAUCGGGGACGUUGAUGGGUCUCGGCUCAAGGGGGAGACAGCUCCACCGUCCGAUUCGUGGGCCUGGAGGAAGUAUGGACAGAAGCCCAUCAAGGGUUCUCCCUAUCCCAGAGGAUAUUAUCGAUGCAGCAGUUCGAAGGGCUGCCCGGCGAGGAAACAAGUGGAGAGGAGCCGCGUGGACCCCACGAUGCUUGUUAUAACGUACGCCUGUGAGCACAACCACCCAUGGCCGGCGUCCAGGAAUUCUAAUUCUAACCCCAGCUCCGCCACCGGAGCCACCACUUUCGCCAAUUCCAGCGACGCCGCCGGGGCCACAACUACCAACAGCGGCGGCAGCAGCCCCGCCUCCGCCACUACCGAGACUACUUCAAUUUCAACCCCCAAAUUCCCGCCAGAAGAACCGACCGUCUUCACGGGCCAACCGGAAAUUGAACCGGACGAGAAUAAGUUCGGUGAUCUGGGCGAGGAACCAAUGAUGAGCAGCGAUGAUUUUAGCUGGUUUCCCCACGUGACAUCCUACUCCCCCACCGUCCUCGAAAGCUCGAUUUGCGCGGGAAGCAGUAACGGGGACGCUGACAUGGCAAUGAUUUUGCAGAUGAGAGAAGAAGACGAGUCGCUGUUCUCCGACCUCGGCGAGUUGCCGGAGUGUUCGUCGUUUGUUUUCCGGCGAGGGGUUUUCGAGCAAGACGAGGAGAAGUGCAGCUUGAGGGCGGCUCCUGUGUGGGGGAGUACAGGAUAAGGCCCUGCACAGUACGAUCCAUUUCAACUCUUUCCGGAUUCGGGUCAGAGUAUUAUAAUCAGUUGAUAGUGCGUAUCGUGCGCGGUGCGCCACAAGAUACAAAAAUUUUUCGAAAUUCUUUUCUUGCGUUGAUUUUGGUGUAAAAUUAUAAAUAAAUUAAGGAAAUAAAAAAGAAGGGGAUAUUUAAUGAAGUGGAUCAUCAUAGCCGUCCGUUCCCAACGGAUCCCUUCUAACCUCACAA